AUGGGCUCCGGGCAGCGCCCUGGCUCUGGGCAGCGCGAACGCGGGGCUCUCGGCGCAUCCCCGGCCCUGGACGUCUUCGGGAGGGAACGGAGCACCCGCGCCUUCGCCCGGCUGGGGCUGUCCCGGGUGCGCGUGGGUUUUCGGCCCCGAGCGAGCGGCGCUGUCCGCGGUGCUGAAGCAGGUCCCGGCGUGGUUCCCGCCGCCUUCUGCCAAGUGGACCCCGCGGAGGAGACUCCUCCGCGGGCUUGGAGGGUCCGGGUCCUGACGCUGCGGCGACUGCGGCAGCUGCGGAGCCUCGAGCGGGACCCAAGUCUCCUACCCCUCCCGCCGCCCCCGCUUCUUAACGCGGAGCCGAGGGAGGGCGCCUCCCGCGCCGGAGUGUGCGCCUGCGUUCGUCCGGGAGAUGACAGAGUCCACACCGCGGUCGGUCAGGCCCAGGAGGCUGCAGGGAAGGGGCUCCCCCAAAUCUGCACGUCACAGUGGGGACGAAAACAAGUCGUCCGUGCACAGUCAGUCCCGGGGGCUGGUCUGACGGGGCGGAGGUCGGGGGUGGGGGGGCCCAGGCGGAACCGGACGGCAGCCUGUAGGCAGCUGGUUUCUCCUCGAAAGCAGGUCUUGUCUUUGUCCAGAGGCCUCAGAGGCACGUCCGGCAGGCCCCCCGACCUGCAGAUCAGAGCCCCCGACAGAGACGCGCAGGGCAGGAGGCAGGACGGCUCCAGGAGGAGGGAGGGGGCGGUGGACGAGGCGCACCAGCAGCAGAACCCGCCCAGGACGGUCGUCAGCUGGCGGGGGGCCGUGAUAGAGCCGGAGCAGGGCACCGAGCUCCCGUCCAGGAGGGCAGAGGCCCCCAGCAGGCCCUCCUCGUGGGGCCCCCGGAUUCUGAAGCACGUGGGUAAGGCCCCACCCGCGCCCUGCAGGGCCCCCCCCCGGGCUCCCCGACAGACAGGGGGCGUGUGGACGUGCACGGGAGCAGGUGGGCCGCAGACACUGUCACCCCCCAGCGGGGGGGCUCAGACCUGCCCAGAGGACACGGCCAGCCUGGUGGCCCCAGGACUUCUGCGGGGUCAGUGGGCCGAGGACGUGGUGGCGAGGACACUGGCCCUCUGGCCGCCCCGGGAUGGGUCUGUGGGGGAGGAGUGGGCACAGCCCUGGGGUGCCUGGUGCCCCCACUCACCCGCCCCCUCCGGAGGCGCCCUCUGCACGUCACUCGGGGGCUGCACACAGCGCUGUCCCUGA